CUGGAAUUAUCUCUCUUCUGGAUGAAGAAGAGCCACAGCUCAAGGAGUUUGCUCUUCAUAAGUUGAAUGCUGUUGUCAAUGACUUCUGGGCGGAAAUAUCUGAGUCAGUGGACAAAAUUGAAGUUCUCUAUGAAGAUGAGGGCUUUCGGAGCCGGCAGUUUGCUGCUCUAGUUGCUUCUAAAGUUUUUUACCACCUGGGAGCUUUUGAGGAAUCACUGAACUAUGCCCUGGGAGCAGGUGACCUCUUCAAUGUCAAUGACAACUCGGAAUAUGUGGAGACGAUCAUUGCAAAAUGUAUCGACCACUAUACCAAGCAGUGUGUGGAGAAUGCGGAGCUGCCGGAAGGGGAGAAGAAACCUGUCGAUGAAAGGCUAGAAGGCAUAGUGAACAAAAUGUUCCAGCGGUGCUUGGAUGACCACAAGUACAAGCAGGCCAUUGGCAUUGCUCUAGAGACACGCAGGCUGGACAUCUUUGAGAAAACCAUCCUUGAAUCGAACGAUGUGCCUGGGAUGCUAGCCUACAGCUUGAAGCUCUGUAUGUCUUUGAUGCAGAAUAAACAGUUCCGUAAUAAAGUCUUGAGAGUUCUAGUUAAAAUCUACAUGAAUCUGGAGAAACCAGACUUCAUCAAUGUGUGCCAGUGCCUGAUAUUUCUGGAUGACCCACAGGCUGUGAGCGACAUCUUGGAAAAACUGGUGAAGGAAGAUAACCUUCUCAUGGCCUACCAAAUUUGCUUUGAUCUGUACGAAAGUGCUAGCCAGCAGUUUUUGUCUUCUGUGAUCCAGAAUCUCCGCACGGUUGGCACUCCCAUUGCCUCCGUGCCUGGAUCCACCAACACCGGCACCGUCCCUGGAUUGGAGAAAGACAGUGAUGCAAUGGAAGCAGAAGAGAAACCAGGAAGCACUUGUGCGGGGAAGUCUGCAGAAAUUAACCCAGAGCCUAAGGACCAGAUCUCAAAAAUGAUUAAAAUUUUAAGUGGGGAAAUGGCCAUUGAGUUACAUUUGCAGUUUUUAAUACGAAACAACAAUACAGACCUCAUGAUCCUCAAAAACACAAAGGAUGCAGUGCGGAAUUCCGUGUGUCAUACAGCAACGGUUAUAGCAAACUCCUUUAUGCAUUGUGGUACAACCAGUGACCAGUUCCUCAGAGACAAUUUGGAGUGGCUGGCCAGGGCCACUAACUGGGCUAAGUUUACUGCUACUGCCAGCUUGGGUGUUAUACACAAGGGUCAUGAGAAAGAAGCAUUACAGCUAAUGGCAACAUACCUACCCAAGGACACCUCCCCAGGGUCAGCCUACCAGGAAGGUGGAGGUCUCUAUGCCUUGGGUCUCAUUCAUGCUAACCAUGGUGGGGACAUCAUUGACUAUUUGCUGAACCAGCUGAAGAAUGCCAGUAAUGAUAUUGUCCGACAUGGUGGCAGCCUGGGUUUGGGUCUGGCUGCCAUGGGGACAGCACGUCAAGAUGUGUACGAUUUGCUGAAAACAAAUCUGUACCAGGAUGAUGCAGUGACAGGUGAGGCAGCUGGCCUGGCAUUGGGAUUGGUUAUGUUGGGAUCUAAAAAUGCUCAGGCUAUUGAGGACAUGGUUGGCUACGCACAGGAAACCCAGCAUGAAAAGAUUUUGCGAGGCCUUGCGGUUGGAAUUGCUCUGGUCAUGUACGGGAGGAUGGAGGAGGCAGAUGCUCUCAUUGAGAGUCUCUGCAGAGAUAAGGAUCCAAUUCUCCGUCGUUCUGGCAUGUACACUGUUGCUAUGGCAUACUGUGGCUCAGGGAACAACAAGGCUAUCAGACGCCUACUGCAUGUGGCUGUGAGUGAUGUGAAUGAUGACGUGAGGCGGGCAGCUGUUGAAUCACUUGGUUUCAUUCUGUUCAGGACUCCUGAGCAGUGUCCAAGCGUGGUUUCUUUGUUGUCAGAGAGCUACAAUCCCCAUGUGCGUUAUGGGGCUGCCAUGGCUUUGGGUAUCUGCUGUGCGGGCACUGGAAACAAGGAAGCAAUUAAUUUGCUUGAGCCAAUGACAAAUGAUCCUGUGAACUAUGUACGUCAAGGAGCUCUGAUUGCAUCUGCUCUUAUCAUGAUCCAGCAGACUGAGAUUACCUGCCCAAAG